AUGAUGAUCUCAAUAAAUGAUUCGCUGAAGCAAAUCAAUACUCUCUUGGGUGCUACUGGAAACUUCUCGUUUGACGACACUUUCUUAGCCUCUCCACAGUACGAGCAGCUAUCACGUCAGCUGCAAGGAAAUCACCCUCUUAGUCAGCUGAUCGCUAAGGUUGGCCAACUUUUAUUGUUGCUAAGCAUGCUUUGUCAGUCAAAAAAGCGACACUGUCAGCUACAUGCUGCGCCACUUUAUUCUACUCUAACAGCUUGUGACAGGUAUCUACUGGCUCGCCCCGACUCCGUGCCAACUGAUGUUGGGCCGGUUGUUGACUUGCUACGGGAUUGCGGGUUGUCUACGCCUACUUUGACCUUGUACAAAAGUAGCGUGAUCCCCUCUCCGAACUCCUCCAUCUGCCUUCUUCUUGCACUUCAUGCUAGUAUACACAGAUUGAAUGGAACUCGUCGAGAUUCUCUAUGCGGUCGCACUUUUGUUGCAGGACUAUACUACUUACUUUAUCAGCUCAAUGAUUUGCAGAACUUCCGCAAACUGGCUGAACGCUUUGCGAAUCUGCUUGUCGCCAGUAAAAACAACGAUAAGCAGUUGCUUCUUUCUUACGUUGAUAAUGUAGUAGUGUUCUCUUAA